AUGUGGGUUGGAUUAGUUUGGAAGUUAAAGGCUGUUGGACAACAGAAUGGCAGUGAAAAAGCUAUGCAGGAUGUCCUUGAAAAAGUAAUAACGGCAGGUUGCAUGGACAGUUUUAGUACGGGGAAGUCAGAAAAGGAAAGGUCGUAUAGUGCAGAAAAGUUUGUUUCGAAGUCAAUAAGCAUGGCUCGUCAAUCACGUUCACUUGAAUCGAAGAGAGUGACAGCUGAAUUAUUCACUUUAACUUACGGUGCUCUUGUUGCCAAUAUCGUUAGAGAUUUUGACACAGAUAUAGAGAUUAAUGAUCAGCUGGAUAAAAUUGGAUUUAAUAUUGGUUUAAAGUUGGUAGAAGAUUAUUUGGCACGUGGAAAUCCUGGUCGCUGUAAUGAUUUUAAAGAGACAGCUGAAGCGAUUGCAAAGGGUUUUAAAAUUUUUUUAGGUAUAACCCGAAUUCUUGUGUUGGAGAGUAAUCCACUAACUGAAUUUGUUGAUCUUCCUGCAGAACAUCAAAAUCUCCUUUAUUCUAAUGUACUUGCUGGGGCUAUACGUGGUGCUUUACAUAACGUGCAACUUGAAGUAGAAGCUCGAUUUGUUCAAGAUCAGUUACGCGGGGAUCAAAUCAAUGAAAUACGCGUUAAAUUUAUUCGUCGUUUAGAGGAAGUGAUUCCAGGAGAUGAUUAG